AUGUACCUACAUUCAGCCUUCGUUUGCACUCCCAUUUCUCCCAUCCCUCCUCACUCUAUCCGCACUAUGUUAUCCACCUUCCUCCCUCCCUCCCUCCCUCCCUCCCUCCCUCCCUCCCUCCCUCCCUCCCUCCCUCCCUCCCUCCCUCCCUCCCUCCCUCCCUCCCUCCCUCCCUCCUUCCCUCCCUCCCUCCCUCCCUCCCUCCCUCCCUCCCUCCCUCCCUCCCUCCCUCCCUCCCUCCCUCCCUCCCUCCCUCCCUCCCUCCCUCCACCCUUCCCGCCCGCCCACCAGGCGCUAUCAAACCUUGAACCUCUCACCAAGGUACCGAUACCGUACACGACCUUCACAGUGCCGCUCGUCAGGGCGCCCGGGGCAGCAGCGGCAGCGGGGGCAGUGAGCCUGGUGGAGGGGGUCAACUUCGUGGCGGUGCAGGUGCACGCGUUCCAGAACUACGCGUGGGAGGUGGCCUUUGACAUGCGCGUCUCCGCUCAGCUGCCUGACCCUAAGUGCAAAGGCAAGGCAACACGGCCAGAAGUAUGCGAUGGGCUUGACAACGAUGGCGAUGCAUCAACGCGCCACCCUUCUCCCUCAACCUCCUUACUCCUCUGCCCCUCCCUUCUGCCCUCCUGUUUCUUCCACACCCCACCCUUGUCCAUUCCGUUACCCAUCAUUGCACUCUACCUCCUCCCCUCGUUCUGCACCCCCUUAUCCCUUCCCGCCGUGCUCUCUGCUCACUUAUCAUACUCACUGUGCCUCUCUCCCUACCCGUUCUCCCUCCUCCCCCACUCCCUCCUGCCCCCCGUCCUCCCCCCCACCCUGCACCAACCACCAGGCAAGGUGGACAUAGGGCCCACCAAGAAGCCCAUCACAGUGCCGUGCGCCAGCGCCUGUGGUGUCGGCACCAUGACCUGUGUUGACGGCGCGCUCUCUCCUUGCUCUGCUAAACAACCCGCCGUCGAGAGCUGCAAUGGGCUGGACGACGACUGUGACAGGCUGGUGGACAACCGCCCACCACCCACUCCCGUACGCCCCUUCCCUCUGGUUUCUCCCCCUCAGCUGCAACGGACUGGACGACGACUCUGCAACGGCCUGGACGACGACUGUGACGGGCUAGUGGACAACCGCGUGGGGUCCUCUGCAUGCCCCGAGGGAGCGGCGUGCUUCAACGGAUCGUGCCGGGCCGUGGUGUCCCACGUGGGGUCGUCUGUGCUGGUCAAGGGCAGCGAGGCCGACUGGCUGUUUGCCGACGGGGGCACCAACGUGGCUUUGCUGUACCCAUCGUGGAAGAUCAAUUGGGUGAUGUGUGAAGGUGUUCACAUACAUGCGUCCCUCUCAUCUCAUCCCCUCCCUCUCCACCCCUCGCUCCCGUCCCCUCCCUCUCACCCCCUCCCUCCCAACCCCCUCUCAUCCCCUCCCUCCCUACCCCCUCCCUCUCGUCCCCUCCCUCUCAUCCCCUCCCUCCCCACCCCCCCCCCUCUUGUCCCCUCACUCUCAUCGCCUCCCCAUGGCCCCCUCCCACAAUCCAUCCUCGUGUCGUGUGUGUGCUGCCUGGCAAGCAGCUCGGGCAUCCCAGCAGGGGUGAUGAAGGCAGGCAAGGCGCCCUUUGGCGUCAACGCCUACAGCGCGGAGGCUGCAGCGGGGUUUGCAACGACGCUAGCCAACAGCGCGGGCAGCUUCUGGACCUUCUACUUCCUUAAGGCCUUCAACCUCACUGCCGAGCAGGCCGCUAGUACCUACAGCUACGGUGAGCAGCGCAUUCUUUCAGCAGCGACUUUUGAGGCGCCUCAAAAGCCAAGCAGGCCGCCAGCACCUACAGCUACGGUGAGCAGCACACGUUCUGAGCAGCACACGUUCUGA